CGAAAUUUACUGUUGUUCAUAUAUACUUUUACAGAAUUCUUUAAAUUUUGAUUUAAAAUAUAAACUGCGAUACCUGAUUACAUCAUAACGGAAGAACGGGCCAUGACUCACUUCGUACUAUUGUUGAUUGUUCUACUUAUAAGAUCUUCCUUUGGCCAAAAUGACGAGUUCCGUUCACUUGGUGAUUCAGAUAGUUCUGCCGCAUAUGCUGAUGCUGAAUACUCGAACGAGCCAGUAAACGUAUACUUGCGAUCCGUAGCUUCAUACACAGCACCGCCUGGAGAGUUUGAACGAUUUCGGGAAACUUUCAAUGUCCUGUUCGAAUCUCCAAGCGUAGCAAAUGAAAAAGUGUUUAAUCGCUUAACCGAUCCUUUAUUGAUGGACUAUUGGACAUGGGAUGAUAUAGGGCAUUGCAUUGCAACAAAAGCAAAUGAAAGAGAUACAAGCUUGAGCGAAUCACAGUUGGUUGAAGUGAGAGAGGCAAUAGAACUAAUAGAGGAGAAAAAAGUAGAGGCGAUUCGGCCAGGGGGGAAUCUUUUCUUCGAAAGUAUGAACGAUUCCAGAUCUCCUUUAGAUUGUGAAAUCGGGCAUUUCGUCACUAACGAAUAUUACACAAACAUUACUAAAUCGGUGGAGAGGGCUUGGAACUGUUACCGUUAUCUUCCAGCAUUAUGGCUCUCUGUAAUAAAGGCUAAUAAAAAAACAUGCAGUUUGAAAGAUGCGAUGACAUCUGUUGUUGAAGUUGGACAGACAGCGGAUCAUCCACAAGAGCCAAAUAACCCCAGAAUCGUCGAACGUAAUUCCAAGUUACUUUACACGAUUUCCAAACCUGAGAAUCUGAAUUACAUAAAAAAGUAUCUUUGUCCCCAUCAUGAAGUAUCAACGUGCACGGUGGUUGAGAACGUGAUCUGUAAACCAGGGUACUCUGCUGUUUUGCAACUUACGGAACAGCUUCAAAAUGCUUCCCAAAACAGCCCUCCUUCAGAUUCUACAGAGAUGUUCGUUUUGUUGGACUUACAAUCCACACUGGGAGAAAUCAGCAACGAGUUUAACAGAACUGAAACUAAAAGUGCAUCAGCUGCGAAAGACAUGCUGAAUUUCUACAUGGGAAUUGUGGAUAAUACGAUUGGAAAUAAAGGCGUCGAAGUUUGGAAAAAUAUGCCGCUUUCAAGAAGUGAAAACGAACUUGAGAAAUUGUUGGAAAAAAAUGAAAACUUUGUUGGUGGAACUUCGGACAAGAUCUUGGGACCUGACACCAGUAGAGUCGAACUCGAGAAAGAAACACUUAGUGUGAAAAUGGUCACAGUUAAUGGGGAAGGCAACGUGGAGUUUGGUUUCCCAGGAGCGCAGAUUUGGACGGAAAACAUUCCUAAUGUUCGAAGCAGCGAUAAACUAAACGCCUAUGCCUUGUACUACAAAUCGUGGCGAGAUAUUCAGUCACAAAUCAGAGGCUCCCCACAACCAGACACCAACCCUAACGGUCGUUGGUUCGUUGGGAAAGGCGGGGUUAUUUCGCUGAGCACUAGAAAGAACAAAGAGAAAAAAUCUGUUCCAGUUACCUACAAAAUGAAAUUCGACAAUGAAAGCGACGUAUUCACUUCAAGUGACUCCAUUACUCGACGCUGCUUGUCGUGCGAGUAUUAUGACGUCACAAGUAACACGUGGCAGUCUUCCGGUUGCUACGCUAAGGGUGCUGACACGGAUGGUAUAACAUGCACCUGCAACCACACAACAAAUUUUGCAGCAUUUAUGUCGCCUUUUGAUGCUGACUUCACCAUGUCGGAAGAGCAAGCGACGUGGUUGAACGCUGUUGAAUAUGCUGGUUCCGCACUUUCUGUGGUUUGUCUUGUUGCGUCCUUCAUCACGUUUUGCUUGGUGCGUUCAUCAGUUCGAAACGAUCGCUUACGAGCUCAUAUUAACUUGGUAGUUGCGUUGUUCUUUGUACAUUCAAUACAGCUUGGAGCAGAUUAUGCUGUUUUCUCCGAGAGCCUGUGUGUGACAAUCACAUUGCUGACACAUUACUUUCUACUUGCUGCUUUCAUGUGGAUGUUCGUUGAAGGAGUUUUCCUUUAUCUUUAUGUAGUGCAGGUGUUCGUGCACUCCAGGUUCGAAAGCCGAUGGUGGAUGUACGCGCUUGGUUGGGGAACUCCUUUGAUUAUUGUUGCAGUUUCUGCAGGCUAUGGGAUUCCAAACGAAGUCUAUGUACAAAGGAAUCCACCCACUACACCACCCUGCCAGGAAGGCCAGAUACCAUACCCACCCCUGCCCUAUAACCCUAAAGAAGGUUUAAAGUACGCUACCUGCUGGCUCGACGUCACAUCCGGUAUGACGUGGAGUUUCAUUGCACCCGCUCUUGCUGUCAUCUUGUUUAACAUUGUUAUCCUAUGUAAAGUGGUUCAGGUGCUGGUCAAAUUAUCGGAACGAACAAAAGGAAUGAAAUCAUUUAAGGCAACAAACGCCAUUGGAGCUCAACAUCAUGUUAAACAAGGCUACCAGAUGAAGCAAAAGCCUUCCAGUCAAGUACCAACCGCCAAAGUUACCGAGUUCAAAACUCCGCCCAUAAGAUACGGAAGAAGUAACAGUGAUGACGUAUCCACACAGGAACUGCAUGGAAACGAGGUCACAGGAUUUCCUUCCAGAUCGUCAUCCCAGACUUAUUCACAAAACUUUGCCGUCGGUAGACCAAGGACAGCCACCGUAUCAAGCUUUGAUGAAACAAAUUAUCUUUCAGAUAUAAAAACAGCAAUUAAAGGAGCUGCCGUCUUGCUACCGGUCCUCGGAAUCCCAUGGAUUUGCGGAAUGCUGGGUUACAAGAGUUUUGCUCUUACUAUAGGAUUCGUUGUACUUAACUCCAUACAAGGUGUUGCUAUCUUUCUUGUGUAUUGUGUCUUCAAUGACGAGGUUUGUCGUGCCCUAAAACGGCUGUACCAAGUCCACCGUAUGAAACAUGGCGUUGCCGGUAGAGGGCGCACAAGUAGCACCAGCAGUCUCAAGUCCGCUUUCAACCGGGGACUACUACGAUCUUGGCGUCGUAGAAGUACUGCUAUCAGUACCGUCUCCACAAGUAAUAAUGUUUAGCAUUGUAAACCAGGUAUUGCUUUUGUUAUAAGCGAAAUCUUAUUAUUAUGUACAGGAUCAUACGUGUUAUAGUUCAAUGCCAUUGUACAAAGUAAAUAAAGAAGUUUUGUUUAUAUUUGAAAAUUUUUAUUUUGAUUCACGUUCAGCACUAUAGAUGCUUUAAGACCGUUCUGCCAUAGCUUGUGGCAAACCUAACGCUAAAGUUUACUUGCUCGCGUAUUAACCCUGUAUGUAGUGAUUGCUUUUUUUAUAACGGAUACAGCAGCGUCCUUAUUUAACCUUCACUUGCAUUUAUAUUAGUUUUAUGCAUUUAAAUCUUUCUAAUCAGUUCCACGCUUAGAAUUAUAGUAGGAUGGGGGAAGACGGGACACCUUAAGCACAUAAUAUCCAAACACGGGAGUCGUGAGGAUACGAUUGAUAAUUUUUUGAAUGUUCUUUCUUUACUACCAAAUGGGAGGAGAAAAUAGAAUGAAAAGGUAUCCCAUCUUUCCACACCCUGGUAUACAUGCAUCACCAUUUCCGAACAGUAUUAUUGUAAACGUUUCGCUGUAUCUAACAAAACAAGAUAAACGUGCCAUCGAAGAAUAUUAUUAACAUUAUAUCAACAUUCGAGUUUAUCCAAACACGCCUCAAUAUUUGAUGUACUGUACACUGUUUACACGUUACACGUUUAGAAAGUUUUUUUUUUCAUUUUAGUUCCAAUAUUUUUUACACAGUUUCAUGAUUAUCGUAUGUUAUAACAUUAAUUACUUUUCAAAAUCGAUGUAGCUUAUUUAUGUGAAAAAACUAACUUAUAGGGCAAACGUUAAUAUAUAGUAGGGUGGGAGAAGUUGGGACACCUUUAGCACGUAAUAUCCCAAUAUCCUGAUCGUGUUUUAAACAAUUAACAACAAUAUGGUUAGUCGCGAGGUUACGGUUUUAUAAUUCUUUAAAUAUUCUUUGUUUACUACCAAAUGAGACGAGAGAAUAGAAUGAAACACUAUCCCAUCUACCCCACCCUACUAUAAUAACUUUUUUAUGUGCAACGUUUAUUGAAAGCGGUUCUAUUACACGGAAAACUUUUCCACAAUAGUAAAUUGCUUGCUAAUGCUCUGUUGUGUUUUCGUGUUUAAUAAUAAUGACCAUAUACGCUAAGGCGAAAGACGCUGUGGGGUAAUUAGAAAUUCUUCCGCACAGAAUUUUUUUUUGCAUUGGUAGUAGACAGUGCUUUAUUGUGUUAAAGUUGUUCUGUUUAUGUUGCUUGUUAAAUUGCGCGUGUGUAUACAUUCAAGCUGCAUUAAUGCCGAAUAAAAUGUACAUGUUCA